CCCGUGUCCCCCACGCCCGCCAUGCCUCGCGCCGUGUUGACAGCAGCCCCAGCAGCAGCCCCCGCAGCAGCAGCGGGAGGCGUUGGAAGUGGAGGAGGAGGCGGCGGUGAAAUGGCGGUUCGCGAGUCGGGCUCGCAGCUGUGGAUGGCCCUCAAGGUUCAGGAGUACCCGACGCUCAAGGUUCCCUACGAGACUCUGAACAAGCGAUUCCGCGCGGCUCAGAAGCACGUGGACCGGGAGGCGAGUCACGCCGUGGCAGCCGUGGCCGAACUGGAGCGGGCGCUGGGCGGGUGCUCGUCCGUCGGCUCCGUGGUGUCGCUGCUUGAUGGCGUUGUGGACAAACUCACGGCGCUCAAGCGCAAGCCGGGGCAGGCGGCCGAGUCUGUGCAAGCCGAGGAGGAGAGCGCAGGGCUGUGCAAGCGCCGCGUGGCGCACCUGAAGGAGCACGCGGGUGAGCACUGGGCGGCCGUGAGUCUGUGGAAGCGCCAGCGCAUGGAGCGCAUGAUGGUCGACCACCUGCUGCGCUGCGGCUACUACAUGACGGCAAUCCACCUGGCACGGCAAAGCGGCAUCGAGGAUCUGGUGAACAUCGAGAUGUUUGUGACGGCCAAGGACGUAGAGGAGUCGCUAGAGAAGAAGGAGACGGCCACCUGCCUGGUCUGGUGCCAUGACAACAAGUCCCGGCUCCGCAAGAUGAAGGUGUCGGGACACGGUCGAUGCGCACCGGCCCCCCCGGGGAGCCAGAGCUGCCUGGAGUUCAGCCUGCGAAUUCAGGAGUUCAUCGAGCUCAUCCGGCACAACCGAAGGCUGGAAGCGGUCCGCCACGCGAGGAAGCACUUCAGCACAGCGGAGGGGUCGCAGCUGGAAGAGGUGAAGCAGGUGAUGGGGAUGCUCGCCUUCCCCGUGGACACGCACCUCUCCCCGUACAAGGAGCUGCUGGAUCCGUCGCGCUGGAAGAUCCUGAUCCAACAGUUCCGCUACGACAACUACCGCCUGCACCAGCUCAGCAAUGACUCGGUGUUCACGGUCACCCUGCAGUGUGGCCUCUCAGCCAUUAAGACUCCGCAGUGCUACAAAGAGGAUGGCUCAGCCCGCAAUGCCGAGUGCCCUGUGUGCUGCCGCUCGCUCAACAAAUUGGCGACGCCGCUGCCCAUGGCGCACUGCGCCAACUCGCGCCUCGUGUGCCGUGUGUCCGGCCAAGUCAUGAACGAGAACAACCCCCCCAUGAUGCUGCCCAACGGCUACAUCUACAGCUACAACUCGCUCGUGUCCAUCCGUGAGGGCGACAAGGUGGCAUGCCCCCGAACCAAGGAGGUGUUCAACUUCUCACAGAUAGAAAAGGUGUUCAUCAUGUGAGGGGCUGGCACGGCCUCCCGUGCUACAGGUGCUACUCCACUCAUUAGCUCUCCCGCCCCCCACCGCCCAUGUCUGCUCCCUGAUAAGCAUCGUGUGCGGUUGUGCCUUCCAUAGUCCACACCCCACAUUUCUCUUGUUGGUGGCUGCUCCAGAAACUCCUGCUAACGCGGACACAGAAGUCUUCCUCCACGCCACUUGGAUCAUCUUCCCCACUGCGGCGCCACGACCACAGCCGCUACUGCCAUGAUCAUUCCCGCCUAAUCUGAAAUGGAGUUUAGGAUGGUUGGGCCAUGCAGUGACCGACUGGAUGGAAGCCUCACCACCGUCGAUUUGGGUGAAAGCUGUAGACAUGGACGAGGGAAUCCAUGUUACAAAGUGUUUCCAAUCCUGCCCACCCUUGCGGAAGUUGAGAUUGGAAUUCUUGCACCUGUGCUCUUGGCACAUCGCGUGGUUAAGGUGGUCCUGUGCCAGGUUUGUCGGAGAUUUUAAAGCUGUGUACAUGCGCAGUCAAUAUUGCCUGGCUUCACCUAUACACGUGGGCAGCCAGUGGCACGAAGUACAUUACCAACAGGACAGUACGCUGAGUGUGGAACUAGGGUCGCGCCGACAUGGUGAACACGUGACCAGAUUUGGCAAUUUGCAUCCAGAGCACAUGGCAUGUUGUAUAAACGUUUUGAAGGAUAUUCCCUUCCGUUUGCUUUCUGAAUCGUUAAGAGAAAUGUCCCUUUUGUUGACAUAACGUAUGUGACUGGCCAAGGGAGGGAACGCCUCGGAGGACGUCCCCUGUGGACGUGGAGCGAUCUUGUGUUCAGGUGCUAGAAUGGAUUGUUACAUUGUAGGACCUUGAGAGGCGGGUGAUGGCUUUGGUAGGCCUCAUCCAGAAGUGGACUGAUCAUGGCUCAUGAAGGGAAAUUGAGAUUUUGUUCAACCUGCCGUGACGUUUAAACCGAUGUGAUUAAACCCACGCAGUCAUUCACAUCCACUGCUUUUAAGUGCUUUGUAAAUACGAGUUCCUUGCGCGGGUUGAGAUUCGUUUAACACAGUUGCUGCAGUUUAUUUUGUUUUACGUUACCCGUGAUGGCAGACCGCUGAGUUCCAAUUGCAUUUUGAUGACAAUAAACUUGCUCUGAAGAGCACGUGAA